AUGAUGUCUGCCACCACGAAGGACAGUUCUCUCUUUACACAGCUUCUUUCGAGAACCUUCUCUCAUAGGACUUCUCAAGUUGCGACCGCACCGUCAGCAACGGAGAAGCAGCAACAGUCUCUGUCGCCAUCUUCAGAUAGUCUUCAAAAUACAUGCUCCAGUCAAGCGUUCUUUCAAAGCGGUCUCGAUUGGGGACGCCGAGAGCCUUAUUUGAGGCUUGCUCAUGUGUUCGAUACCAACAACUACUGA